ACCUUCAACAUGGCAAUCGAACUCAGAGGCAAUGCUCUUAUCUCCAUAAUCUUGCUAGCCUCCGGGCUCGACUUUCUUCUGUUCGGUUUCGAUCAAGGACUCUUCGGAGGUGUCCUAGCUGGCGAUGGCUUCAAGCGUAUGCUCGGCAACCCGUCAGCUACUCGUACCGGGCUGGUCACUGCCAUCUACGACAUUGGCUGUGCUCUUGGUGCUGUCAUGGCUUUCCUUGUUGGCGAUAAGGUCGGCCGCAAGAGAAGCAUUGUUUACGCCAACAUCAUCGUCAUUAUUGGAGCUGCCAUCCAGACAGCCAGCUUUUCAUACGCUCAGAUGUGCGUUGCCAGAGUUAUCGCUGGUGUUGGAGUGGGAUUCUCCACUGUCGCUGUCCCGAUCCUGCAGAGCGAGACGCUACCUAGUCGCAACCGUGGUGCUGUAAGUAUCGUUCUGUCUGUCUCCAAUCCACAUCGAGCAAAGCUAAUGGAAACUGUAGNNCUUCUCGUCGUUCAAUCAGCGCUCAUCAUCAUUGGCGUCGCUCUGGCUUCUUGGCUAUGCUUUGCCACUCUCUAUUCAACAUCAAGCUUCCAAUGGCGCUUUCCUAUCGCUUGUCAGAUGCUUUUCUCUGGUAUCGUUCUUUGUCUUACACCAUUCCUGCCCGAGACGCCUCGCUGGCUUGCCGAGAACGGUCGCACCGAAGAAGCUCGCCAAAUCCUUGCUCGCCUUGAAGACAAAUCCAUCGAACACUUGGAUAUCACAAACCAGCUCAAUGAGAUCUGCGAAGUCAUUGCCAUCGAGCAAGAGGCUGGAGACGCGACGUGGGGCGAGGUCUUCACCAACUCGACAAAAUCGAGGAACUUGCACCGUGUUCUCCUCGGCAUGGGUCCUUACAUGAUGAACCAAUGGUCAGGAAUUAAUGCCCUUUGCUACUACCUCGCAUACAUUCUCGAAAACUACCUCGGCUACAGCCCAAGUAUGGCUCUGAUCCUCGCCUCUGUUGCUUUCACCCAAUACGCCGUUUUCUCCUGGCCUCCAUACUUCUACAUCGACCGCCUCGGCCGCCGCUGGACCGUCAUUUUCUCCAGCAUCGGCUGCGCAGCAUGCAUGGCUAUCAUCGCCGGCGCCCUCGUCAACCCCACCCACACAAACUCCAUCGUCGCCGUCGCCUUCAUGUUCCUCUUCAUGGACUGCUUCACCCUCGGCAUCCUCCCCGUCAGCUGGUCCUACUCUGCCGAAAUUCAACCUCUGCGUGUUCGCAACAAGGCAACUGCAGUGGGUGUUUUUGGCCACUGGAUGAGCAAUUUUGUGGUUGUCAUGGUGACGCCUAUUGGAUUGUCUAAUAUUGGGGGCAAUUACUUUUGGGUGUGGGCGGUUGUGAAUGCGAGUUUUGUGCCGUUGACGUGGUUCUUUGGUGUUGAGACCAGUGGGAGGAGUUUGGAGAAGAUUGAUCAUAUGUUUUUCGAUGAGCCGCGGGUGUGUAUGGGGUUGAACAAGAGUCAUACGAGGGUUAUCAACAAGGAAAUGUAUGAUGAGGAGAGGAGGUUGAGUGUCGCUGGACAUGAGAAAGAGAAGAUGGAUGUUGAGCAGAUCUCGGUCGUCAGCAAGUGA